UACUCGCCAAUAGCCUGCUAGUGACAAUAGUCUGCUAGUGCCCUUCGCGGAUCGGCUUUUAGUAGUGGUCGUGGCGGCCUCUGAGUCGUUGCGUGUAUUUUUGUAAAGGCUGGGAGGACCUCGGGAGUGAGUGCUCUCUCAAAUACGAUAAGAAGUGUUGACGUCAUGUGACUGAUGUGAACAAGAAUUCGUGAGAAAACAGUGACAUAUGAAAAAAACAAACAAAGCCUAGAAACCAGUGAAAUAGUAUGAAAUUAUAAAAAAAAAAACGUGAAAGGAAAAAAAAAAUAGAACAAAAAACAAGUGCAAAGACAAGAGAAAAAACAAAAACAGUAAUACAUAAACAGGGUUAAAGAGGAGGACGCAAAAAAAAUAACUCUCACAGUGUCAAGAGCAACCGUACUCAGUCUCCCCCCCUCCCCUCCCCUCCCUCAGCCCCCUCCCUCCCCGCUCGGCGCUCCCGGGGGUCAAGGAGAGGUCAGGCGAGGUCAAGCAGAAAAGGAAGAAGGAGAGAAGGAAGAAUUACCCUAACGUCUUAGAAGAAUAAAAGAAGGAGAAGAAGAAGGAGGAGGAGGAGGAGGAGGAGGAGAUAAUUAUCGAUCUGUCCAGACCUCUGGCACCAGCGGAGGUCAAGACGUCACGAUGGGCACUGGCAGGGCAACGAAGGGCACAGUGCCACAAGGGGGGGCGUCGCUCGGAGUUCUGUUGAUCGGCAUCAUCCUCUCUCUCGCCGGAAGUGUUCGGGGGCAAUGCAACGGGCUGCCCAUGUACCUGACGGCGUCCAACAGCACCGGGCACCUGGCUUUCCCGGAGGCGAACUGGGACGCCCAUACCGGCGCGUGGAACAGCUUCCAGUUCUACCCGACGGCGGUCAAAUGCACGUGGGUCCUGAGGGCGCCGCCCGCCCACGUGCUCUCCGCUGCCUUCCUCAAGUUCGACACCGAGCAGGACUAUGACUUCGUUACGAUCUACAGCUCGGAGGCGCGGACGGAGCAGCUUCUGCGCGUCUCGGGCGAUCUUACGGACGAGUGGUUCGUGACGUCACCGGAAGACACGCUGGUCGUCGACUUCAUCAGCGACGACUACACGACCUACUACGGGUUCCUCUUGGCGUACCGCUACGAGCCCCAAGCUUGUGUGGGCGACGGCGUGGCUGUGGCAGAGGAGCACCUGAUUGCUGUGCCGCCCAUGAACCUCGACGGGGCCCUCCCCGGACCCCGACUGGAGAAGAAGCCCCUGAAAGUGAUCCAGCCGAAGGGCGGGGCGGGCGGCAGGCUGACGAAGGACCCCGAACUGGGCCCGAAGAACGGCAAGACCGCCAUCAGCUGGUUGCCCCGGAUCCCCUACGGUCCCUGGAUCAAUUGCACGUGGAAGGUUGCAGUCGACACUCGCAACAUCGUGCAGCUCGAUAUCUUGAGGUUCGAUACCGGCGUGAAGGAUAUUAUGAGGGUAUCCGACGGCCAAAAAGACUUGAAGGUAACAGGCAUUCCUUACAACGCGGGUCGUCUCCUCGAACUGCGGCCUUCCCCCUCAGCGACGCUCUUCUUCAGCAGCGACCAGCAACACAACCGGGGCUAUUUUCUCCUCAAGUAUACCUCUUUUCGCGAAGGAAGCUGUGACUUCAAGAUAUCUCCGUGUGGGUGGCAGUCCUCCGACCCCCUGCAGGCGUGGGCGUUCCAUGAAGGCUACCCGAUGUGCCUCCGCCUCGACUACCUCCUGGACGGGCCCGACGCCUUCCUCCUGACGGCGGCGGUGACGGAGGAGGAGGAGCUGAGAGGCAACAGUGUUCGCGCGCCCUCGGCCUCUGUCCCGAGUCUCAGGAACCUACUCUUCCUCUACGGUCCGCACGGCAACGAGUCCAUCACCACGGCCGUCAACUUCACCGUCAGCGGCGCGUUCAGGAGCCCCUUAGGAGACAAACUCGGAAACCGAAGCUCCUCGUCAAAGGCUAAGUCCCCCAGGAUCCCUCAUACACAGUACUCCUUGCAUCGUGACUGCAAUUCAGAGGACUUAAAGCUGGAGAUGUCCUUUAUAAGCAUCGUGUACGAGCGAGGUUACGGCCCCCACUACACCGUCGGCCUAACGGGAAUCCAGGUCACGGAAGGUCAUUGCGGGGGGGGACUCGAUUCGCUCACGUCCACGACCUGUUCUUUCACCAAGGACCUGUGCGGCUGGAGGAACACGCACACGGACCAUAGGAACUGGCUGCUGAGCGAUCAUGGCGUGGUCGCCGAAGUCCGCAGCGGGACCGUCAGCACCAAGCCGCGCCUGACCCCCUCCGUCAGCCCCUCCGUCAGCACCGUCCAGGAACAGCAGUGGGCUGACCUCCUCUCCCCCCCCGCCGUGACCUCGAACGACCCCGCGGAAGGGGCGUGUCUUACCCUCCGCUACCGCAUCCUUUCCGAGAACUCCGAACUCCGCGUCCUCCUGAAACCGGCGACGGGCGAAGAAGGCGCUCUGAUUCUCCGAGCCGUGGGCGUGGGCGGCGGAGGGGCGAGCGGGGGCGUGGAGGUCCGCAGCCUGACCCUCGACGCUGGCAGUUGCAAAGUCGGUCCCUCUUGCAAGUUCGACUCCGGGUUCUGCUCGUGGAAGGUGUCGUAUACGGGUGGCACUGUGUGGUAUAUCAACCCGCAUCAAGAGGAGGGCGAAGAGGGGAGACACGCCGCCGUCCUCGCCGAAGGGAAACCGGAGGACAUGACUUCCCUCACCAGCGAAGUCGUCUCGAGCGAGGAUCCCGUGUCGCUCACCUUCAGGUACGGCGGGGUUUGGUUCGGACAGCGAGGAGUUGGCGCGGACGAAGGCAUCCCAAGCAGUGCCACUCAGACUGACGUCAUCUGGAUGCAGUGCCGCGGGAAGGGAGACCACUGGCUCCGUGAAUGCGUCAGUCUCCCGUCGCUAGAUAAGGAAUAUCAGGUGGUUCUAACAGCUGGCACGGGCGAACCGACGAGCGAGGUGUGGGUGGACGACGUGCAGGUGGUGAGUGCCAGCUGCAACGUGAGUGUCAGCCAGACGGCACCCGCGACCAGCUUGGCGACGCCCCCCCAGUGGAGAUGCCAGCCGGAGGGGUCGCUCUGCGGGAUGACGCAAACCGCAGCUCGGACGCAGGGACUGGGUCUAUGUGCACAAGCCGACAGCAACCACACCACCAUCGCCCCCCCUCCGGCUACCACCUCCAACCCCCCCCACCCGUACGACGACGCCCACUUGGAUGUCCCGCCCACGCCCGCUCAGAGGACGUGUAAGGACGGCACGCCCCUGGAAGCUUCGUGGGCGUGCGACGGGAUCCCUGACUGCGCCGACGAGAGUGAUGAGGAGGAUUGUGAAUGCAAAGAGGAAAACAGCCUGGAAUGCGCAGUGACUGGCUCCUCGUCUUUCCACCUCGGCGCCGGCGUCUGUGCGGAAGGAGCAUUCCGUUGUACAUCAGGCCGUGUUUGUUCAUCGGGAGACUGCGAGGCGCCCCUAGGACCUUGCUUGCCGAGAGACCUAGUCUGCAACGGAGAGGCUGAUUGCUACGGAGCCGAGGACGAAGCCGCCUGCGUGGGCGUGGCGAGGACGAACCCUGAGCAUGAGACGACAGGCGGCAGUGAGACAAUGCAGUGUUCAGGAGGACUCCGCAUUCCUACGGCUUGGCGGUGCGAUGGAAGGAAGGACUGCCCUCUUGAUGGACUGGAUGAGCUCGGUUGUGGCUACUGCGGCCCCGACCAAUUCAUCUGCCCGACGUCCGGCGUGUGUGUCCCCUCCGAACAGGUGUGCGACGGCGCCGACUCCAUCCCCGGCUGCACCGACGAACAGUACUGCGAUUCCUGUCCGCCGACCCACAUGGUGUGCGAUGUCUGUGUCGCUACCUGGCAAAUCUGCGACGGCGUCUGGGACUGCAAAGACGGCGAGGACGAGAGAGAGUGCGCGGGCGUGCGGAGAGCCGACGACUGUGAGUUCGGCUUUUAUCGGUGUCCGUCGGGUCGCUGUCUGCCCGAGAUGUCGGUUUGUGAUCGCCGUGUCGACUGCCCCGAUGCAGAUGACGAGAGCCACUGCUUGGAUGAUAAUGUGGAUGUGUCACGUUACAUCUCCGUGAAGCCGUCAGCUGUUGGUCCUCCGAGCUCAGCGCCCAGUCGUCUUCUCACGCCCACGCUGCAACACCCGUCUGGAGGCGUGGGCGUGCUGUCGUUUAAAUACCGUCUUGAUGCUUGGCUUGGGGCGUCCAAUGCUACUAUUAGCGUGGAGGUGGUACAGGCGGACAACCCCAGCGUGGGCGUGCAGCCGUGGGCGGUCUGGCGACAAAGCGGCCACAAGGGACGUCAUUGGCUCUCGACUACCGUGCUCGUGCCGCCCAUGCAGGACAUAGAGCGGUAUAAGAUCGCGUUCCUCGUCUCCCACGACAACCACGGCCACCAGUCCCAGCAGCUCCACCUGGCCAACCUCGACUUCAAGGUGGUGCUUCCCGAGGCCUUGAGUGAUGUGGGAUCGUGGCUCCUUCGCUGCGAGUUCGAGGACACUCUGUGCGGGUGGUCGCAGCCGACGACGGAGGGAGACUACUCGUGGGUGUUCGCCAGGGCCUCGCCGCACGCACGCCGCACGGGACCCAUUACAGGCUACCCCGACGGAGGGCAUUCGGGCUUCCUCUUCGCCGACUCCCUCCACGGCGUCGAGGGGAGCACGGCCGACCUGUUCAGCCCCCCCCUUGUGCUCCCGGGGGGGUCCGAUCCGGCCCUCUGCUUCAGGUUCGCCGUGUUCCUGUUCGGCGCCCACGUGGCCAAGGUGUCGGUGCACGUGCUGCAGCGCAUCGGCGACGGCACGCACACGGCCGAGCUGUUCCACGCCGUGGGCGGCAAGGGGCUCAGCUGGAUCCCGACGGGCGUGACGGUGGUGGAGGAGGACCUGGCUGACCCGCGGGCGCCCCUCGUGCUGGUGGUGCGGGCGACGCGCGGCGCGGGACCCGAGGCCGACAUCGCCCUCGACCACGUGUCCGUCCUGCGCGGCGCCUGCCACCGCGACCCCGUCCUCGACACCAACGUCACCCUCCACGCCGCGCUCGCCCACCCGCACGCCCUCGCCUUCUCCGCCGGCCCCGCCCUCACGCCCGCCCUCAAGAGCCACCUCCCGCAGGCGCAGGAGAGCGACCAGCCUUUCCGCGGGGCGCAGGGCGUGUGCGAGAGCCUGGCGACCUGCACGGAGUGUGUGAGCGACGCCACCGCGACCUGCAGCUGGUGUGACCUGACCCAGACCUGCCUGACCUCCACGACCCUGCCGGCGAAGGCUUGUCCGGACCACCUCACCGUCCACCAUAACUCGAGUUCCCAAACACGCCGAGGGGAAACAUGGUGCCCCCAGCUCAUUCCUCGUCAGGAGACAGAGGUCCUUGUCGCCGCUGGUUCCUCUCCUGUUCUGAGCUUCGCCGUGCAAAACAUUCAGGUGACCCAGACGGGCAGCGGUUGGAUCUGCGCCUUCGAACCUUUGAGCGAAGAAAGGACGAAGAGGAAAGAAGAAACGGAGGAAGUGGGAGAGGAGGAGAAGAGAGAAGAGGAGAGGAAAGAGGGAAAGGGAGAGUUCGUGAGCGAGAAUACGGAAGAAGGAGGAGGAGGAGGAGGAGGAGGAGAAGAAGAGGAAGAGGAGGAGAAGGAGAAUUUGGAGAAGAAGCAAAGAGCCGAGGAGGAGGAAGAGGAGGCGAAGAAGAAGAAGAAAAGGGCGGAAUUGAAGAAAUUGAAGAGAGGAUGGAAGGAAGCGAGAGAGGGAAGAUUGCGUCUGCCGGGACACUUCCAGGGCCGCGUAAUCGACAUGGGCGGCGGCGUGAGCACGGGCGUGGGCAUGGGAAUCAUCAAAUGCGGAGACGGCAUCACGGAGUUACGCCCGCACCACGCCCCUUCGGCAGAGACCCCCGCCCACGUCCACUACGCCGUCAGGCUGAUCACACCCGCGGGGGCGCUGCUUGAUAACCCCGGCGGAGUUAAGUUGGUGAUCUACAACUGCGAGGUCUUAGCCAACUCCUGCAUGGACUGCGUGACUGUCAACGCCUCCCUGUCAUGCGGCUGGUGCGAGAGUUCCCACACAUGUACGGUGCACGCCCACUGCUUCGGGAGCCUGUGGUACGGACCGGGGCGGAGCUGCGAGUCGGAGCCGUACCGUAAGAUCACUGAAGGUCCACCUCGGGAGAGUGUGUUGGACGACGGCUUCGGAGACUACGACAGUGGGGAAGUUGGCAAGGAUGAGAAUCUCGGCCCUCUGGAUGACUUCUCAGACAGCUCGGAGACAAUUUACGACGAAGAAGUGACGACGGGCAGUAGGAUAAAGAAGAAGAAGAACAAGAAGAGGAAGAAGAACUUGAGAAGACCCGGCGAAGAGGGAGGAGAAGGAGAGGAAGGAGAGGAAGGAGAGGAAGAGGAGGAGGCGGAUAACGAAGGGGAGGCGGAGGAAGAGGGAAAUAUAAUAAGCGCCGUGACGCCGAAGAAAGUCGGAAAGCAAAUCAGGAAGACGGGCGUGAACAAGAUAAAAGGGCAGUUGAAGAUGGGCGGAAGAGGCCGGUCUUUCCUGCGCCUUCCUCGACAUCCGGGUCUUUAUGUGGCAAGAGACGCGUGGAGGCUUCACACAGGUCGCCAGUAUUACGUUCCAGUCACGAAGAAAACAUUAGUCAAUUUGGGUUUCGUAAGACAGGUGACGUACGGCAGCCUGGCGGAGGAAAGGACAAGGACAGUUCUUGUUAACGGGGCUUGGAAGAAGGCAGCGGAUUAUGAAUCAGUUAUUACCAAAUAUCCACAUCCACACGUUAUCCACAAAUUAUUAGUCAGUAUCAUUAUUCCACUAGACUUCCACAUGCAUAAUUCAUCCACAUAUCACAAAACUUGCUCGCUCGUUCCACCAGACAUCCACUUAUAUAACAGGGCAUCCACAAGCGCUUAA